AUGGUUCUACCGUCCAUAUAUUCGAGUCAAGGACUAUCUGAAAAAGACUCAAACAAGGUAAUUACCUCUGGGAACAACCAAGACAAACGUCCAGUUGAAUACACAUUGAAAACCAUAGAUGACAAAGUUCAAGCAGCAGUUGAAAACCAAGAUCAUGAUGAAGACAUCGAGAUGGUCCCCAUGGACAACGAAAAGGAAGUUGAUUUGAUAACAUCAUACGUCAGUCAACUGCGAAAUGUAAACUACUACGACGAUGACGUGGAUAUGAAUAUAGAGCAGGCUCCUGAUUUUACACUAGUCGGUGGAAAUAUAUCAUUCUUGAUUAUCGAUACAAAUUUCUGCAUUUCCCACCUAACCAUUCUCGACGAGCUCGCGAGAUUAGCCAACGACUUUGGUAUAAAGAUCAUAAUCCCCGUAUAUGUAAUCCAAGAGUUGGACGGAUUGAAAAAUUCAAAUAAGUUGGAGAAUGAUGAUUCAAGUAAUGAAUCAGUAAAAAACUUUGCCAGAUGGGCCAAUGACUGGAUAUAUAACCAGCUUGCUAAUAGUCUGGGCGUCGUCAAGGGACAAAAAUUAAGCCAAAGAAUAAAUAAGGAUUUGACAAAAGAUGAUGCCAUUCUCGAUUGUUGUUUAUACUUCCAGGAAUAUUAUUCCCAACACCUCAUCGUUCUAUUAUCAAAUGAUAAAAACCUUUGCACCAAGGCUUUAGCUCAUGAGAUUUUAACAGUCAGUUUUAGGACAGGUAUGGAGGCGAAGUUGAUUGGACAAAAGAUUAUGGAAGAGAGCAUGUCGAGGUUUGGGCACCGCGAAGCAAAGUAUAAGCCAGUUGCAGGCUCUGGUACUUCAUCUAUACAACCGGGGUUUAUUGCGCCAGAAAUUACCCAAGUUGCUAACUUAACGACUACAAACCCAGGGGCUUCUCCUCUGGCUUUGAUUUAUCGAGAGGUCCAAACGCUACUAUUUAGUGUUUUACACCACUGUAUGGUGGCAGAAUACCAAGAAGAUAUUGACCUAAUACGUGACUAUAAAAAGGAAAACGUUGUCAAUUUGCUUCAAUGUAGCCAAUUGUUGAUUAGAUUUUGGCUUUCCGUAUUUCAGCAGUACUUUAAAGCUAUGCCAGGAAGAUUUGUGCCAUUUGAAGAGGUGGGGGAAGGUAGGCGACUGAAGAAAAUACCAGUAUACGUUGAUGAACCAACGACGGAGAAUGCAGGGAAAUUUGUCGACUUUUGGUCUGCGGUGUUGAAAGUGUUGUAUCAUGGGAUAAUGAAUGAACAAGAAAACGAAGUAUUAGAUCUUUUCAUAGCUAGAUGGAAGGAGUUAGCGUCGCAGGUUUGA